AAGGCCCAAUUUUUUUGUUUAUUCCAUUUUUUACCCUAGUGUUUUUAAAGAAAACAAAACAGAUAGCAUUCCUUCUCUCUCUCCCUCUUUCUCUUCUCCUCUUAGCCUCCCCCAUGGCCGGCCAUGGGUUCAUCGGAGGGUGUCUCCACACCCAUGAACGGCGGCCGGUGUUAGGUGAAACGGGCCCCUUUCGGUCCUUCACCGAACGAGUACGGAAUCGGGGCCUUCACGACUUGCAGUACCACAAAGAACGGAGGGACCCCUCGGCUCUCUUUCUGUCCGUCACGGCCAAUGGCCAGACCCCGAGGGGUUCGGCGACCUACGGAUGGGCAAGAGCAUACCGGAGCACACCCCGAACAAUAAAUCAAAGGUGUCAGAUGGCUCUCAGAGGUGCGUGGAACGGCCAUGACAGAGGCGUGGUGGCCGAGGGGAGACCAACAGUUCGGCAGCAGCAGCAUGCUUGGGGCAAGGGCUGCUGCUGUUUUCUCUAUUUUGGGCCAUAAAAUGUUGGGUCACAUAUUUGUUGUAAAUAGACUUAAAAUUUAGACUUUUUUAUUUGGUUAUUUGGGUUUUGUUUGUUUUAUUAUUCUAGGGCCAAAAUUGGCUAUUAUAGUAACAAUUCGAUAACAUUAGUAUCCAUUUUAGGACUUUAAAAAUUUGUGAUCAAAACAUAAUUUAAACUUAAGUAUUUUAAA